AUGGUGUAUCUGGCAAACUUGGAAGGUCCAGGCCUCGUUUUCACCUAUGGCCUUUUUGGCGUGCAACACGAGGAACUUACGGCUGAAAAGAAGAAAACAAUAUCAGCACUCUACGGCUUGUUGAGUCAAUCUGCAGACCGAGUAGAUCACUUGCAGGAUGAGAGCCACGGCGCUCCCCGAGAGGGGCCGAAGUGCACCACUUUUGUCGCGUACUGGCUGAAGUCUAGCGACUAUGAAAAGUGGAAAGAAACUGACGAAGUGAAGCAAUUUUGGGACAGUCUGCCUGAUGACGCGGGUGUUUGGCGGGAAGUAAUGACAGUUCCAAAGUCUCGUUACAUGUUUGCGGCAAACCAACAUGAAACAUCUGGCCUGGCUACGAUGUUGGGUCUCAAAGACAGUACCGACGAGGCCUACUGGGGUGUCUACCGCCAUCGACUCAGCGCAAAUCCCGACGAGUACACCGACCCGAAUGAUACCUUCUCAUCACCUCUUGUGACCACGGCGAAAGCAAAACCUGACCCGAGUAAGAAAGUGGUGGAUCUGUCGAAAUCACCCACGCCCGACAAGAUUAGACGUGGACGGGUCAAAAUCAACAACAUCCCCGAUAAUCUGUGCUACUGUCGAGAGGGCCAGAGACAGCCAAACUUGCCUCCAGAAGAGCUUGAAACGUGGAAAGAAAAGCUGGCGCCGUACGCUCUCACUUGGAUGAAUCACCUGGACACGGAGCGCAACAAAAACGGCGUGGUCUCGUUCACGUUCAAUAUCGCACAUCUAAACCCGAAGCCUACCCUGGACCCAGGCGCAGACCUGGAAGUGGAUACCGAUGCCGUUGCCGAGACGAAUCAGUUGAUGUACUUGCUUGACCUUGCUCAUUUCGAGUUGGCGGGACGCUCUUUCAAAGACCAUGUUCACCUGCGAAAGACGACAUUUGAGAUGUACGGGCCAGGUGGUCGGCACGGCGAGAAUGGCAAACUGUCGAUCUGGGUUGAGCUUUGCAUUUUAAAAUCAGGUGACAUGGACGCAGAGUACGUUGGAUGCCGAGAGGGGACUGGCCUAAUGAUGUUUGAGAAUGUGUAA